CCUUUCUCAUAUUCUUGGGAUUUGACUUUCUGAUUUUCCCUUAAUUCAACUUUGGUGACGACUGCUGCGGUGCCAGUCUAUUUUCAGUUAGCCACCAUUUCCAAAACUCCUCUCUCUUUCUUUUUAUCUGCUUUGUCUCCGAGUCUUCGCAGAAAGGAAGGAGCCCCAUAUAUAGUUUUGGAUUGAUUGAGCAGGAGAGGAAGGAAGAUCAGAUUCAUGUCACUGGUGGUGUGGUUUUGGUAUGCUGCAGCAGCCUGCAGCAUAUUCAUCUCUGGGUUUGUUGCACAGGCUCAACCCACCACAGAUACCUCUGAAGUGAGAGCGCUGAAUGCAAUCUUUCAGAAAUGGAAUAUUACGGUCAAUACAAAGCAAUGGAACACAACUGGUGAUCCAUGCAGUGAACUUGCGGUAGAUGAAGAUGAUGAGACCGCUUAUUUCCAUGACGAUGAUUACAAUCUCCUCGUCAAAUGCAACUGCUCUUAUAAUUCAAACUCAACUUGCCACAUUACCCAACUGAAAGCAAUCACUUUGGACAUUGUUGCUCCAAUUCCAGAAGAGCUCUAUGCUUUGACUUUCCUUCAAUAUCUGAAUGUGAAAAAAAAUUACUUGACAGGACCUAUCUCUGCAUCGAUUGGAAAUCUAACCAGCAUCAAAUACUUGGACUUGGGACACAAUGACUUAUCAGGGGAACUACCAAAGGAAAUUGAAAAACUCACCAAUUUGACAUUCUUGGGUGUUGGGACACUCAACCUUUCUGGUUCUCUGCCUCCUGAGAUGGGGUAUUUAAAAACAUUAAAAGAGAUUUACAUUGAUAAUUCUGGACUUAGCGGUGAGAUUCCACCAACAUUUGCUAAUCUAACAAACUUGGAAAUAUUUUGGGCAACAGAUAUAAACCUCACUGGCAGGAUACCGGACUUCGUAGGAGAUUGGACAAAGCUUACUAAAUUGAGGUUACAGGGAACCUCAUUUGAAGGUUCCAUACCAUCUUCACUGUCCAGAUUGACUCUUUUGACUGAGCUGCGAAUUACUGAUUUAACGAUUGCCAAUGACAACUCUUCUCUUGGAUUUAUCAAGAAUAUGACGUCUCUAGAAGUUUUAAUGCUGAGGAAUAACAAUAUUUCUGAUUCAAUUCCUUCCAACAUUGGAGAUUACCGAAAAUUGUUUCAACUGGAUUUGAGCUUCAACAAUUUGAAUGGACAAAUACCAGACUCACUAUUUCAUAUGAGUGAGCUUGCCGUCUUGUUUCUUGGAAACAAUAAGUUGAAUGGUAGCCUUCCUGAGUCUAAAAGCUCGUCUCUUCUCGUUGUAGAUUUGUCAUACAAUAAUCUAGUAGGCCAGAGCUUUCCGAGUUGGGUCAACGAACAAAGCCUAGACCUUAACUUGGUGGCCAACAACUUCAGCAUAGACAGUUCAAACAGCAGUGGUCUACCUUCAGGGUUGCAUUGCCUUCAAAGGGGCUUCCCUUGCCACCGUGAUAGUCCAGUUUACUAUAACUUCAUGAUUAACUGCGGUGGUCCUCAGGCUACGAUAUCCAAUGGGACUGUGUAUGAGAAGGACAUUGAGCCCCUUGGUCCAGCUACAUAUUAUGUGACUGACACAAACAGAUGGGGAGUUAGCAAUGUCGGUCUUAAAACACAGUUUGUAGCUGCAUCAUAUUUGACUGGGACCAACAUUCCAAAGUAUACAAUAUCCACUUCAUCUCCAAUCGGAAAUACUUCAGACCCUACGCUAUUUCAGAGUGCAAGGAUCUCUGCUUCAUCACUCAGAUACUAUGGCUUGGGUCUUGAGAAUGGAAACUAUACCGUGAAGCUUGAAUUUGCAGAACAAGCUAUCCUAGAUACCCUUAAAAGAAAAAGUCUUGGAAGACGUGUGUUUGAUAUAUAUAUCCAGGAUGUUCUUGUUGUUAAAGAUUUUGAUAUACGGAAGGAGACAAAUAAGACAUCUUUGCUAGCUAUUGAAAAGGUAUACAAGGCUCAGGUGGUUUCAGAGAAUUACCUUGAAAUCCAUUUCUUCUGGGCUGGAAAGGGGACUUGCUGUAUACCAGAGGAGGGUACUUAUGGACCUCUUGUUUCAGCCAUCAGUGCUACACCUGAAUUCAAACCUACCGUCAGCAACAAGCUGCCAAGUAGGAAGAAGAAUAGGACUGGGCUUAUUGUGGGAAUUGUUGUUGGUUGUGGAGUUUUAAUUCUGGUGGUGCUGCUUUUAUAUAUUGUUCAAGGAAGAAAGAGGCACAACACUGAUGAUGACUAUGAUGAAGAGCUGUUGGGAAUAGAUCUUGGACCUCUCACUUUCAGUUUUUCUGAACUGAAGGCAGCUACAAAUGACUUUAGUCCAGAUAAUAAGCUUGGAGAGGGAGGAUUUGGGCCUGUCUUCAAAGGUGCUCUAAAUGAUGGAAGAGUAAUUGCCGUAAAACAAUUGUCUGCAUCAUCCCACCAAGGAAAGAACCAGUUUGUGACUGAGAUUGCCACUAUAUCUUCUGUGCGACACAAUAACCUAGUAAAUUUGUAUGGAUUCUGCACCGAGGGAGCCAAACGGCUCCUUGUCUAUGAGUAUCUGGAGAACAAGAGUCUUGAUCAAGCAUUAUUUGGAAAAAGAGCCUUGCAUCUUGAUUGGCCGACACGUUUUGAUAUAUGCUUGGGCGUAGCUAGAGGUUUAACUUAUCUUCAUGAAGAAUCAAGGCUUCGAAUUGUACACAGAGAUGUGAAGGCAAGUAACAUCCUGCUUGACUCUAAUCUCAUUGCCAAAAUAUCAGAUUUUGGUUUGGCGAAGCAUUAUGAUGAUAAAAAGACCCACAUGAGUACUCGGGUUGCAGGAACAUUUGGGUAUCUUGCACCGGAAUAUGCUAUGCGUGGACACUUGACAGAGAAAACCGAUGUGUUUGCCUAUGGUGUUGUCAUUCUAGAAAUUGUCAGCGGUAGGCCAAAUUCUGAUCCAAGUUUGGAAGGCGAUAUGGUUUAUCUUCUUGAAUUGGCUUGGAACUUGCAUGAAAACGAACGUGAAGUUGAUCUAGUAGACUCUAGAUUAUUCGAAUUCAAUGAGGAAGAAGCAAGACGAAUUAUCAACAUAGGACUUUUGUGCACUCAAUCAUCACCAAUGCUACGACCACCUAUGUCUCGCGUGAUUGGAAUGCUUGCAGGAGAUAUUGAAGUGACUCCUGCUAUUUCAAAGCCCAGUUACUUGACAGACUGGAGAUUUGAUGAUCUAACCAGCCAAACGAAAUAUGGAUGUACUGGCACCAGUCUAGGAACUGAUACGUCAACUAGAGGAACUGACUUCAGCUUUUACCACUCAUCGGCAAGUACAAGCGUGAUGGGGGAUGCAGGGCAAUUACCUUCAAAUGCUACUCUUCCCAUACUCAAUAAUACUAAUGGUGAUGGUAGGUGAGUUUUGAAGGAAUAGGCUGAUCGAUUAUACCUCUAUUUUUCUAUUGAUACAUAUAGCUCUUGUUUCUUGAUCAUGUACAUACACAGUACUUUUUAUUCUUGAUGAUGUUGUAAAUAGUUAUGGCUAAAUCAUGUAAAUAGAUGAAGAGUGAUAUGUGCCUUUCACUAUAGAUUAGUGAUUGAUAGAAUUGUGUAUAGGAGUAAUUGACGUUGCUAUUAAACGUUGCCUUUUUGUAUACCCUAUGUACUCGUAUAUAAAUCUCAUAGUGAGAUGAAUAGAAGAUCAUCUCAUUCUUUGUGUUUAAA